CCUUAUGACGUCAGCACGGGAGCGGACGGGGAGGAGGGUGUCUGUGCGCACGCGCGGAGGGGCGGCGGACGAGUCGUUGGGUUUCGCGCUGAUCGGCCGAACGGGCGCUCGCGACUAAAGAUCUUUGCUCGCGACUGUGCGCGCUGCGACUGCGAGGGCGGGGAGCGGAGAGCGGAGAGCGGCGGCGGCCGAGGCCGACCGACCGACCGACUGGUGGAUUGAGCACACGGCGCCCGAAGCUGCCCCGCAAACAUGAUACGCAGCAAGGAAGAGGUGGAGAAGUACAUCACCUCAGUGCAGGGCGCCAAGCCGCUCUCGCCCCGCGAGAAAUCACUCAAAGGAUUUUUGUUUGCAAAACUCUACUACGAAGCCAAAGAAUAUGAACUUGCAAAGAGGCAGGUAUCGGCAUACAUAAAAGAACAAGAAAGGGAUCCAAAAGCACACAAGCUUCUUGGCCAGAUUUAUGAAUCUGAAGGUGACAUUGAAAAAGCCAUUGGUUGUUAUAAGCGAGUUGUUGAACUGAACCCAAUGCAGAAGGAUAUUAUCCUGAAAGUGGCUGAUUUGCUGUGCAAUAAUGGAAACCUUAUUGAUGGAAGAGCUGACUACUGGUUGGAGAGGGCAGCCAAGCAUUUUCCUGGUAAUCGGAUAAUUUAUAAACUGAAGGAAAAGUUACUGAGCUCAAAGGGACAAUUGGACCAUUCACAACUGUUUGAACUUAUUCAGUCUGAACUACAUUCCAGACCAGAUGAUCCACAUGCUAAUAUACGCUUGGUAGAAUUCUACUGUUCUUUUGGGAAACUUGAAGAAGCAGUAAAUUUCUGCUUGAAUACGGAGAAAAGAAGAGCUCUCUCCAGAAGUCUGGAAUGGAACACUUGUCUGGUACAAACAUUGAAGGGAUAUCUUAGUUCAUCAAAUGUCUCAGGAGUUGAUAAAAAUAGAUGGCGACCAAUACUGAGGGAGUUGCUCCUAGCUUCCUCUAAUGUAAUGUUUUUGACAUUAUCAAACAGAGAUGUACAAGAUUCUAUAGAUGCUCUAAUAAGUUUUGAUUAUACAAUGCACAUUACAAAAUCGUAUAUUACCACAACAAUGGAUGACCUUUCUGCUGCGUUCACGGAAUUGAGAGGACAUCUCUAUUUGCACGCUGGAACACUACUUCUAAAGAUGGCUCAACAGAAUGAGAUCCAGUGGAAAGCAAUUGUAGAUCUUGCUGCACUGUGCUAUCUGAUUGCCUAUCAGGUUCCAAGACCCAAGAUAAAAUCUAUGAAAGCACAAGAGAUAAGCAAGGAUUUGCUGAACUGGUUAGCGUCAGACAGGCAAAGUCAAUCAGGUCACAUGUUAAUUAACUUAAUGAAGGGAAAGCCUAACUUUCACAAAGAAGUGGUGGAAACCUUUGCAAACAAAAGUGGCCAAACUGCAUUGAUUGAAACAUUGUUCGGAAGGCUGUUGAAUUCUGAAAGGUCUUUUCUAGCCAACGAUGACACACGAGAUGUUGCAGGAAAACAACCAGAUGCAAAUGAUCUUCCAAUAUGGGAUGAUGGUUGCGUUAAGUUCCAUGGUGGAAAUUUUCAGCACCUUGUCUGGCUUGGUUUGCAGCAGUUUUCAACACCACAGUUGCCUGUGGUCCGGAAUUGGCUAAAGCAGUUAUUUCCUAGAUUGCCCCAGGAAACAUCACGGCUUGACACAAAUGCUCCUGAGACUAUUUGCAUUUUGGAUCUUGAGGUUUUUCUUCUUGGAGUGAUAUAUUCAAGUCACACACAGUUACAAGAUAAAUCAGCUCAUCACUACAAUUUACACCAACCAAAGUACCUGCCAUUAUCAAUUAGUAAACUACUCUAUACAGAGCGACAACGGGCCUGGUGGGAUGCUGUUUACAGCCUUAUCUACAAAAAAGCACAACCAGGUACAUCAGUUAAACUAAGACUCUUAAUCCAACGUGAGCUUGGUACCCUGAGAGCAUUAGAAAAACAUGGCCUUCAACCUGCCCUAAUUAUACACUGGGCACAAAGCUUGGUCAACACCGGAAAUCGAUUAAAUUCAUAUUAUGACCAGAAGGAAUACAUUGGACGGAGUGUAUUCUAUUGGAAGAAAGUUCAGCCAUUACUACAGAGCAUCAGAAAGAAAAGGAGCAUUCAUGAACCUAUUGAUCCAUUGUUUAUGCAUUUCCAUAGUAAGGAAAUUAAGGUUGAUGAUGUUAACAAUUAUGAAAGGCAAGCAGAAAUUGCAUUUGCCUUGCUUCAUGUAGUUGAUGGAAAAACUGAUGAGGCGAUUGCUGCUUUUGAAUCCAUCAAUAACAUCACUGCACAUUGGCAUCUUGCUAUGAUAUUUCACCGAAGAUCUGAAGAGUAUGAAAAUGGUGAUGGGAUGACGCCAGAUGAACAAGAAGAAUGUAAAAAUUGUUUAAUUAGCAGCAAAGAAUAUCUGAAAAAAGUCCUGAAUGAAACUGAAAUUAACAUAGCGGCUAUUGACAAUUUGCCUGUACCAGUAGAUGCAGUAAAAGAAAUGCUGGAAUUGGUAAAUCAGCAUCUUCAUGAAUACAACGAUUACGAGCUUGAUCAUGGAGAAGAAAUAAAUGAAUUAUCCGAGACAGCUGAAAAUGGCACUUCUCCGGAGAUGAUACCAGUAAACCAUUCUACCGUAUCUCCAAUAAAACUUAGUCCGUCGCCAAGCAAAAGUUACAAGUGGUCUCCAAAGACUCCACCUCGCUGGGCUGAAGAUCAAAAACAUUUGCUGCAGAUGCUUUGCCAACAAGUGGAACAACUGAAGGGUGAAGUGCGUGAGCUUAAAGUGAACAGUUCAAAUACAACAGAAUCCCCACGCUCCCAAUGGCACACAGAUAAUUAUGAUUCGUGUGCUGAAAAUUAUCAAGGAGUACAAAGUUUUCAGGGUGCACCCUUAACAGUUGCUACCUCAGGAUCAACGGUUUUCUACAAUCAAUCUCCUGCAUACAAUUCCCAAUAUCUUCUUAGAGCUGCUACCAACGUGGCUCCAACUAAGCCUGCAUAUGGAAUUGGUCGGAUUCCCCCACAGCAGUCUAUGCAUGGAUACCAACAGCAAGCUCAUACACCCCCUAUUCAAACCAAUUCGGCAUGUAUUUAUUCACAGGACGUGUAUGGGUCACAGCUGCGUUUUGAAUCUCCUGCAACUGGGCUGCCUUCACCAUUUGGUGAAGACUUCUACAAUCACGGCGUUCCACAAACAAAUACAAAUCCACCUUUGCCAGAGCCUGGUUACUUCACCAAACCACCUGCAGAAGUGCACCUAAUGAAACCUACAGAAACUAAAGGAAGGUUUGGAACACCUAAUCAACAGAUGCAAAAUGAAGCUACAAAGAAUUCAUUGGUUUCUGCACCAUUGCACUCAACACCCACAACAACAUUUAAAUUUAACUCAAAUUUCAAGAAUAAUGAGGGAGAUUUUACAUUUUCCUCGCCACAUAUGAAAACCCAGACACCCCCAUCGUCUGCCAGUGAUAGUCUCCGAGGAAUUUUAACUGCAGGUAGAGGUGUAAAAAAUGAUUUGCAUCUAGGUCAAAUGUCUGCACAGGGAAUGCACAGUCAAGAGAGCUCCUUUUCCCAUGGAGAGCAGGGCUCUUUUAAUAGCUAUCUAGCUCAAAAGCAAAACAAAAAUACAUUCAACAAUGUAUUGAGUAACCAGGUAUUUUCUUUCAAGAAUACUGGUAAGGUGGCAACUUCUGGCAAUAAUGCAGAAGACAAAGAUGGUCGAAAUGAACAAAACAGUGUACUAGAUGAAGAAGAUGGACCACAUUUUGAUCCAGUUGUACCUCUUCCUGAUAAAGUAGAUGUUAAAACUGGAGAAGAAGAUGAGGAACCACUGUUUUCCAACAGAGCAAAACUCUUCCGUUUUGACACAGAAACCAAAGAAUGGAAGGAACGAGGCAUUGGGUACAUAAAACUGCUACAACAUAGGACAUCUGGCAAAAUCCGGCUCCUAAUGAGACGAGAUCAGGUUCUUAAGAUCUGUGCAAAUCAUUACAUAACAGCCGAUAUGAAGUUAAAACCUAAUGCAGGUUCUGAUAAGUCAUGGGUCUGGUGUGCGUUAGAUUAUUCUGAUGAAAAGCCAGUACCUGAGCAACUUGCUGUUCGUUUUAAAACAACUGAUGAGGCUGCAUUGUUUAAAACCAAAUUUGAAGAAGCACAAAACUUGGUUAAAGGUCAGAAAUUAAAAUCAAGCAGUCUGUUGGGUCAAGAACAGAAAAUAGGAAUCAAAAUAAAGUCUGAUGAGGUUAACUUGGGUACUGUUAAGUCUACUGAAGAUUCUGGAUUUGGUGCUACUAAUCGAAAACAAAGCAUGCCCUUUACUUCACAAACCUUGCUGCAAAAUGGAAAUACAGUUGAAGGAACUGAGAAGAUUACAGCUUUUUCCAAACCAAUAGGUUUUGGUGACAAAUUUCCUAAUAAUGACACAAAAUCUGCAUGUUUUCAGACACCCAAAGCUAAUGGCAAAGUUCCUAUUACUACUUCAUCUGGCCUGUCAGCCUUCAGUGAGAGAACAACCACGUUGACACAAGGCACAUUAGGAUUAUUUGCCAAAAAAGAGUGGUAUUGUGAAAGUUGUUAUGUGAGUAAUGAAAUGGAAGUGACAAAAUGUGUAUGCUGUCACACACUCAAACCUGACAGCAAAAUCCCAGUUGUUCCUUCAGCUGUCCAGCCAGUUUACAGUGAAAGGCCAUGCACAUCCACACAGGAAGCAUUUGAUGGAUUUUUUUCCAAAAAGGACGGACAGUGGGAUUGUGCCACUUGUUAUGUGAGAAAUAAUUCAACAGCGACAAACUGUAUUGCCUGUCAGGAAACCAACCCAAACAAUAAAACUGCAGGAAUUUCAAAAACUGCUACAUCCACACAGGGAGCAUUUGAUGGAUUUAUUUCCAAAAAGGACGGACAGUGGGAUUGUGCCACUUGUUAUGUGAGAAAUAAUUCAACAGCGACAAACUGUAUUGCCUGUCAGGAAACCAACCCAAACAAUAAAACUGCAGGAAUUUCAAAAACUGUGGAUGCUCUUGGUGGUAUUUGUCCUAAAUCAGAUGCACCUGAAAUGGGAUUCAAACUAAACUUUCCUGCAAGUGGCAUUAAAUUUGGCCAUGAUGUUAAUGACUCUACAGCCUUCAAGGUUGGGACAUCAUCUCAGUCUUCAACACCAUUUUCCAGUUCUACAUUUGCAUUUUCUUCACCUAGUUCAGGUGGUGGCUUCACAUUUGGGUUGCCAGAUACAUGCAAUGAUUCUACUAAUAAAGGUAGUCAGCAAGGAUCAGCUGCACUCUUUUUAAAAGCCUUCGCGGAACAAAAAGAAAGGGAGAUAAUCACUUCAAAUUCUGACGGAGACCAAGUUCCAGCAUCUGAUAUUUCAAGCCAAGGUCAAGAUUUUAUUAUUGGUAAAGAUACGAGCACCUCCAGCUUUGCUGAUUUAGCAAAAACUGCAGAUAAGGGAUUUCAAUUUGGCCAAAAAGAUCCUCAUUUCAAAGGUUUUGAAGGAGUGGGUCGGCAGCUGUUUGCAGCAAAAAGUUUAAAGGCUGCUUCUGUAGAUGACGAAGAUGCUGAACUGUACAAAACUGAUGAGGGAGAUAAUAUUCAUUUUGACCCUGUGGUUCUCAUGCCUGAAAAAGUAGAUCUUAUUACUGGUGAAGAAGAUGAAACCGACCUUUAUUCACAGAGAGUUAAGCUAUUUAGGUUUGAUACAGAAGUCAGCCAGUGGAAAGAACGGGGUGUUGGAAACCUCAAAGUUCUCCAAAACAAAGCCAAUGGCCGACUUCGAAUAAUAAUGCGUCGGGAGCAAGUUUUCAAAGUGUGUGCAAAUCAUUGGAUCACUACCACUAUGAAUCUCAAACCCUUAAUGGGCUCUGAUAGGGCAUGGAUGUGGUUGGCUAGUGACUUCUCAGAUGGUGAGGCAAAGCCAGAGCAGCUAGCUGCAAAGUUUAAGACUCCAGAGCUGGCUGAAGAUUUUAAGGACAAAUUUGAAGAAUUCCAAAGAUUACUAUUAGAUAUACCACUACAAACUCCUCAUAAACUAUUGGACAAUGGCAAGACUGCUCGACUAAUACAAAAAGCUGAAGAAAUGAAAAGUGGUUUAAAAGACCUGAAACACUUUUUGAAAGAUGAGAAAAGAAGUGUGAAAGAUGAAGGGAAUCUAAUGUUGAGUUCCAUAUCUGAAAGCAGCAGCAUCUCCGCCUUAGUAAUUAAACCUCAUUCUGAAAGUACUGGACCUACGUUAGAAUGGGAUAAUUAUGAUCUACGUGAGGAAGCUUUGGAUACAAGUGUAUCUAGCACUGCAUAUGGAUCUCCUGACACUAUCAGUCCUGUGAGGAAAAAUCUUUUCCGCUUUGGUGAUUCAGCAUCUGGAUUUAACUUUAAUUUCCAGCCAAGCUUGAGUCCAUUAAAAUCUCCUAAACUGAACCAGAGUGGGUUGUCUCUAGGUACAGAUGAAGAUUCAGAAUUUGGGCCAGAGGAGGAGAAGGAUGCUCAGCAUUUUGAGCCAGUUAUUCCAUUACCUGAUUUGAUUGAUGUAUCAACAGGAGAGGAAAAUGAGCAAGUUAUCUUUUGUCACAGAGCUAAACUUUACCGCUAUGACAAAGAAAUGGGCCAGUGGAAAGAAAGAGGAAUAGGGGACCUGAAAAUCUUACAAAAUUAUGAUUCCAAAAAAGUUCGGAUAGUUAUGAGAAGGGAUCAGGUGUUAAAAAUUUGUGCCAAUCACUGGCUAACGCCCGACAUAAAAAUGGAGCCCAUGAAAGGAACUGAAAAAGCCUUUAUUUGGAGUGUAAUGGAUUUUGCAGAUGAUGUUGCAAAGGUGGAACAAUUAGCUGUUCGUUUCAAGCAGCAAGAAGUUGCUAGCUCUUUCAGAGACCUCUUUGAAGAAGCCAAGAAGGCUCAAGAACAAGGAACAUUAGUCACACCAUUAUCCUCAAGAGAAACUACACCAAGGGAAUCUCCUUGUUGUAAGAUUUCAGUGUCAAUGCUGGAAGAGACUAUUAAGGAAACAACAGAAGAAACAAGUACUUGUGUUUCAAGUCCCAGUAUUGCAGUCAAGUCAGCAAGUACCAGCUUGACAGAAUCACCUCCAGUAAAAUUUCUAUUUGGAUCUGAUUUGAAAUCCAUCUUCAGCAAUGAGAACGAGAGGCCUUUCACUUUUGGUAAUUCAGCAACUGGAUCCUUGUUUGGUUUCAGUUUUAAAAGCACAGAAUCUGCCUCAAGAGACCAAGUACAAAGUGACCCGUCUGCUAUUAAGAAUAAACUACAGGAUAUCACUAGUGGCGGAUUUGAUUUUCGUAAAGCAGCUGCAUCUCUGUCGAAGUGUUCAAUGGCCAGCUUGUUGUCUUCAAACUCAACAGAAUGCUUGGAAACUGCUUUUGCAACUGGGGAUAAAUCCAAACACACUCCAUUUAACAGACCACAAACUGUUGAAGAUGAAGAAGUACAAAUUGUUUUUGUAUUAACACCUACACCUGAACAAGAAAUUCUUGCGAAAGAACUGAAGCUUCCUCCAAUGUUUUUUUGCUACAAGAACAAACCUGGCUAUGUUAGUGAUGACGAUGAAGAUGAUGAAGACUACGAAGCUGCAGUUAAAAAGCUAAAUGGAAAACUGUAUCCGGAUAAGCCACAAAAGCAAAAAACAUCUGUAGCAGGUGAAACCUUGGAAGCUGGUGGAAAGCUUGAUCCAGAUGAGCCAAAGGAUCCAGAAUGUGUGCCUGCAACAGCUGAUAGUAGUCUUGGUGGAAAUCUGUACCCGGAUCAACAUGAUGAAUGGUUCCAUCCAGGUGCAUCUCAGCAACAAGUUUCCACUGAAACAGGCACAUUCUUGGAAAUUACUGAUAGCAAGAUACGGGCUGAUGACCAGAAGGAGCAAAAGUCCUGUGCAAUAGGCUCCAGUGGGGAUACUCUGGUCGAAGAUGGUGAUAAAGAUUGUAUCCUUGUGUGGGAGAAGUUGCCAACUCCUGAAGAAAGGUCGAAAGCUGAAGAAUUGUUGCUACCUUCGACCUUCUUUUGUGGUUUAAGUAGUGAUACAGAAGGAGAGAAGGAAGAUGACGACUUUGAGACUGAAAUUAGAAAGAUCAGGGAAUUUCAGAGAGCACAAGAAGGGCUGAUCAGCAGCUCCACUGAUGUCUUUUCCACAGCGCAGUUGAAUGAACAGACAAUGGUUACACCAGCUACUGCUUCUGUGAUUGGACAAGCUGAACCAGAUUCCACAACACAUUUUGAACUAAAGGCAGAAUUUCCAGCAUCAGAUGAUGGCAGGCCCAUUGAUUUAUCGAGUAAAAAAGCUAUGGAACCUGAUUCUACCACAGCGGAGAACGGCUUAUUUAACUCGAUAGGAUUUUCUUUUGCAGAUUUGGCUGCAAAUAAUAACGCAUACACAUUUACACAAAAAGAAACCAAUUUUGUGUGGGAAAAUGCAGGCAUUCCUGUUUUUAAAUCAGCGGUGACUCGAAUUCCAGGUGAUAAUGAAGAUGAUGGUACUGAUGUAGUAUCUAGUGAAGAGAUCCACUUUGAACCAAUAGUUUCUUUACCAGAGGUUGAAACAAAAUCUGGUGAAGAAGAUGAGGAAAUUAUAUUUAAGGAAAGAUGUAAGUUGUACCGAUGGGACAGAGAUGCUUCACAGUGGAAAGAACGAGGGGUUGGAGAUCUUAAAAUUCUCUCUAACUCCCAAAAGCAAUGUUACCGUAUUCUUAUGAGGAGAGAACAGGUUUUGAAGGUCUGUGCAAAUCAUGUUAUCACUGAUGAAAUGGAGCUCAAAUUAAUGAAUACAUCAAGCAAUUCUUAUGUCUGGACUGCAGCAGAUUACACUGAUGGCGAAGCAAAAAUUGAACAACUUGCUGUCCGAUUCAAAACUCCAGAGUUGGCUGCUGUUUUCAAAAAUAAAUUUGAAGAAUGUCAAAAAGCACUUUCACAGCUACAGAAAUCUGAAGAAUGUCAGGUUAUGUCCCAAUCAGAUGGCAACAAUCCUGCCGUUUAUUUUGAUGUAUCUGCUGGUGAGGUGAUGUUGGGAAGGAUUACCAUGGAACUGCUAGCAAAUAAAGUUCCACGAACAGCUGAAAAUUUCAGAGCCCUUUGCACUGCGGAGAAGGGUUUUGGAUUUAAAAAAUCGAUAUUUCACAGGGUUAUUCCAGGAUUUGUAUGCCAGGGUGGUGAUAUCACAAAUUCUGAUGGAACUGGUGGAAAAUCUAUUUAUGGUGGUAAAUUUGAAGACGAAAACUUUAUUUUACGACACACCUGUCCUGGUUUGUUGUCAAUGGCAAAUAGUGGCCCAGACACCAAUUCCUCGCAGUUCUUCAUCACACUGAAAGAAGUUCCACAUUUAGAUAUGAAACAUGUAGUUUUUGGCUAUGUAAAAGAAGGCAUGGAUGUUGUGAAACUAAUUGAAACGUUUGGUUCAAAAGAUGGCCACACAAGUGACACCAUUAUGAUUACUGAUUGUGGACAAAUAUCUUAAACAGAAUACCUGGUUUUCCUCUGUGCUUAUGCACACUUAUGUAUAAGUCUAACAUUAAGGAUUCAGAAUGGUGUAAUGCUGGAUAUUGCCAUGGUGUAAAACUGUACUGGUCUAAACUUUGGAUGUCAAUUUUUUGUUGGAUAUUGCAUGUUUCAGAAUAAACAUUUUGACAAACAUUAACAAGCAGUGGCAUCUAUCUUAAGCGUACACAACAUGGUUUUAUAACGCUUGCAGUUUUAGUCAAACUGUAAAAGGAGCAGUGCUUUUAAACCUGGCAACUGGCAUGGAAAGAAUAUUGUCGUAUUUACCACUUUUUUGUGAAUAUAAUAUUUGAGAAUUAUUGAGAUGCAACUUGGUAAAUGCAUUCCAGUUCUAAAAGUGAAUAUUGGAGGCAAAAUUAUGAGAUUUUUGCCUUGAUUUUGCAUAUUCGGUGCUGUUAAAAUAUUAGUGCAACAUUACAUUUAUUUUUCAAUUCUAAUCCUUGGAUUUUCUGAUUCACUGUCUUGAUGUCAAGAAUUAAGUUAAGCUGUCAACAUUGCAAAUACUGAUUUAAUUGUAAAAUGUAAAUUUUAACAGAUUCUCUAGUAUUUGCUAAUGUUUGUGAUUGGCUCUGUAAUUUUAAAUUGGUAAAUUUAAAUUGUUAAAUCCAUAAGUUUAUACAUAUUUAUAAUAAAGGAAUAAUUCUGUAUCAA